AUGGCUUCAAAACCAACUACAUCCAAAACCAAGAGUAACACACCAAAAAGAUGUGUAUAUUCUCCAUCCAAAGUUCAGCAAGCAUUGGAUGCAAUUCACAAAGGAAUGAAUACAUCAACAGCAAGCAAGACAUUUAAUGUACCCCGUACUACACUCAGGAGCAAGCUUGAAGGCAAGUCGCCAGUUGAAUCUGUAGGACACGGUGGAGUAACAUCCAUACUUGGAGAUGAAACUGAAGCUUUAUUAGUAGAAUGGGUGCUAACUUGUGCCAAAAUGGGGUUUCCUGUAGAUCGGGAGGGACUGUUAAGUUCAGUUAAGAAACUAGUGGAUGAAUCAGAAAUGAAAACUCCAUUUAUAAAUAAUAGACCAGGUAAAAAAUGGUUUUAUGGAUUUCUGAACCGUCACAAGUGUUUGUCCCAAAAACAUGCUGAGUAUGUGAACAAAGCAAGGGGAUCAGUGACCGAGGAAAAAAUAAGAAAUUGGUUUGAUGAAGUUUCUGAGCUAUUGGGCAAAAAUUUGUAUGUGUUGAACUACCCAGAACGAGUAUUUAACAUGGAUGAAACGUGUUUCUAUUUGGCUCCUAAAGGAGAACUUAUAUUAGGGCCUCGUGGAUGUAAUGUGUAUGAUGAACAGACAAACAACAAUAAAGAAAACAUAACAACACUUUUUGCAGCCAACGCUUUGGGUAAUUGGGCACCCCCUUUAACCAUUUAUAAGUAUGAACGCAUUCCAGCAAAGAUUGCACAGUCUGCUCCUCCAGGAUGGGGGUUAGGCAAGUCUGAAAAUGGUUGGAUGACUGCAGAAACUUUUUUUGAAUACAUGGCAAACAUAUUUGUUCUUUAUCUAAUACAGUCAAAUAUUUCUAGACCAGUUAUUAUAUUCUUAGAUGGCCACAGUUUGCAUCUUAGCUUACAUCUGAGUAGGUUCUGUAGGGAAAAUGGUCUGAUUUUAAUAGCUCUUUAUCCCAAUUCAACUCAUAUCCUACAACCACUUGAUGUAGCAGUAUUUGGACCACUCAAGUCAUCAUGGAAAAGAACUGUGAAGCAAUGGCGAAUCGACAAUGAUAGAGAAAUAAGCAAAUUUGAUAUGCCAACUGCGUUAUCUAACAUCAUGAAUACACCAAAUAUGUCGAAGAAUGUUCAAUCUGGUUUCAGAUCUACUGGCUUAUUACCAUUUAAUCCAUAUAAUGUAGAUUAUACCAAAAUUAUAAUCCGUUCAGUCCCAACACAACAGAACACCUCAACAAAUAAUGAAAUACAAUUGCAUUUGUAA